AUGUUGUUCUUAGCGAAUGAUAAUUCUAAGAUUCCCCGAGAUUUUUUUGAGAUGCAAGUGGUGGCCUCUAGUCGUUUGAAUCUAUGAUAUCGCUUUUAAAUUUUCGUUCGCAAGUCAUUUAGAACACCUACCUUACCUAUUCCACGAAUGGAUAUCAUAUUUCAUAUCAGCGCUUUUUUCUACAUGUGUGUCUCUGAUCAUCGUUUCCUUAAUGUAGGGAUCUGCCUUUCCUAGUUUGUUUUCAUACAGAAACACGAUUCUCCUUUGGGAUGGUCAGUAUCGUUGUGGCUUCUCAUCACACGUCCUUCUGUUCACUUGUGUAUUUAGAAUGACAUAUAGCGUAUUCUGGCCCCCGAAAUUUAUAAUAACUCCACAAUUUAUUUACUUGUAAACUUCCGACCAUACCAAUCAAGGUUAAUGGGGAUAAUUCCCACUAUCUACUUUAUUUUAAAGGGAAUAUGAUUUCGUCGACAAUCAAGGUCGUGGAUAAUUUCUCAUCCUCUGUUCAAGAAAAAAGGCCCAUUUGCUUUAUGGACAGUCUCCAGCACUUACCCAUUGCAUCAGCAGGGACUCAUACAAUGGAUAUAUACAUUUUCCGUGCUUUAGCACCGAAAACGAUAUCUUUCUAUAGGAAAACGAUUUCCAACCAAGUCACAAUUGAUUUGCUUUCUCCUCUGAUUGACUUUUGAUGAAUCCUGAGUCACAGUUUUCCGUAUGAUCCCGUUCCUAUGCUGGACACAACUCCUAUGAUCAAUCAUCUUCUUAAGUCGCAUAUUUCCAUGUGUUGCGACGUUGUAAUGCCGUCCCCAUUCCCUCAUCUGUAAUGUAUUCAUAAUUGCCACAAGUAUGGAGCGCAGCAACUGCUGGUUCUCAUCAGAUGCCGUCUGUAAUUAUCCCUUCACCAUUUAAACUAGUUACCCUAGAUAAAUUAUGAAUAAUUUAUGAAUUAAUAGAUGUCAAACCCAAUUGCAGGUGCAGCUUAGUCCGAGCUUCUUGUUAGCAUAAUCCCUUUUCCUGGCGAUAAAAGAAAAACUUCCAGUGAGUGGAACAUCAAAUGUGCAUUCAGAAUGGCCAAUGAAUCACGUGUAUUCAUUCUCCUAGUACAUUGAGGAUUCUGAUAGAUUAUUGGUGACUUUGAUUCGGCAUCAUAAAACAUAGAUGCAUAUAUUUUUCUGGUUCAUUGACACCUUGUGAAAAUCUCUUCGACGUUCGACCAUAAUGAAUUAUUCAAUAAGCUACUAAGCAAUAGUCUCUUUACGGAAAUUACUGUUCUAUUUCUCGUCUCUAUUCCAUAUGAACUGCACUGUUGAAGGGCUUCUCUUAGCUUGGUGAUUCAAAUAUUGUUGCAGGUGGAAGAGCAAAAACAGGCUGCCGCAGAUGUCCUGAACAAUUAUUCCCAGUUUGCUAUGGUAUGCAUCGGUGAGGAAGUCCGUCCCUGUGACUUGAGGCUGCACUUGAUGAAGGUAAAUAAAUGCCUUUUCUUGUUUAUGUUCUCCAUUUAUUUAUGCCUAAAUUGGUAUAAUUUAACAUAGUUUAUUCAAAACUCCUCAUAGUAGUGUUGGUAGAGGGCAACUCUCUCUCUCUCUCUCUCUCUCUCUCUCUCUCUCUCUCUCUCUCUCUCUCUCUCUCUCUCUUAAGUUCAUGUGUAGAAUUGACUCGGGGCUUUAAAGGGAUCUGGCCCAAGGCCCUUUUUCUGAGCUCUUCUGGGUUCAGACGGAGCCCAGCCUGUUGACUGCACGUAUUUCUUUCCGUGGAUUUCUCAAAAUCGUUUGGUGUGCAGGAAAUCUCUGGAAUGCGUUCCACCUUAAAGAAGAACCCGCCAUCCACAGCCGCGGCCUCUCCCAACUCCACGGGCAAGGCCUCCUCCUCCGGCACGACCAAGGAGGACAUGGCUGAGAGCUCCUAG